AUGACAAAUUCAACGUCUUCGAAAUUUGACGAUCAUGAUGUUAAUGAUGAUGAAUUACUUGCUGCUUGUGAUGAUGUUCCUUUGAAGAAACCAGAUCCAAUCGUUCCGAUAGUCGAAGUAGCAUCAUUUGAAUUUCCAUUCGAACCAUAUCAAAUUCAAACUGAUUUUAUGCGUGGUCUUUAUUCAACUAUUCAACAACGUAAACAUGGUAUUUUCGAAUCACCUACUGGCACUGGUAAAAGUUUAAGUUUAAUAUGUGGUUCACUUCGUUGGUUAUUUGAUGAAAUACAAUCAUGGAAAGAUGAAUACGAAGAAUUACUAAAACCAAUUGAAACUAAAAAUGAAACAAGUUCCGGUGAUUGGUUAAAACGAUUAAUGAAACGUAAAGAAGAAGAAACAGCAAGAGAAAAACGACGAGAAGAAUUAAAAGUGAAAAUUGAUCUUGAAGAUCAAUAUGCAAAUGCUGCAAAGAAUACAUUAACAGCUAAUAUCAAGAAAACAAAACGAGAUUUUGAUGCAAAAUAUCGACAUUUAUUUAAUAGUGAAUUACCUUCAAAGUCUGAUGGUGAUGAUCCAUCUUUAUCAAAAGAUCAAUUUAAAAUUGAUAAUGAUGAUGAAUUGAGUGAUGAAGAAUUAAUUAUAAAAGAUAAUGAUUGUAAAAUAUUAUUUGAUGAUAUGGAUUCACCAACAAAAACUGAUUCAACAGGUUUACGAGAAAAAAAAGUUCAUGUUCAAAAAAUUUUCUUUUGUACUCGUACACACUCACAAAUAUCACAAUUUAUUGGUGAAAUUCAAAAAACAAAAUAUGUUGAUCAAUUACGUUUAGUAGCACUUGGAUCACGUCAAAAUUUAUGUAUUAAUGAAUCGGUACUUAAAUUAAAAUCAUUAACAUUGAUUAAUGAAAAAUGUCUUGAUUUACAAAAACAAAAAAAAGAAAAAAAAACAACUAAAGGAAAACGACAAAAAACUGCUUGCGGUUGUUUGUUUCUACAACAUGAUCGAGUUGAAUGUUUAUCUAAUGAUAUUCUUAAAGGUUCAAGUGAUGUGCAAGAUAUUGAAGAUGUUGUUAAACUUGGUCGUGAAUUAAAUACAUGUCCUUAUUAUGCAACACGAGCAGCUAUUGCAGCUGCUCAUCUUGUUGUUUUACCCUAUCAAACUCUAAUGCAUAAAUCAACACGAGAAGCAUGUGGAAUUGAAAUGCGUGAUAAUGUUGUAAUUAUUGAUGAAGCACAUAAUUUACCAGAUGCUAUAUGUGCUAUGCAUUCGAGUGAAAUAAAUGGAAAUCAAUUGAUCGAUUCCUAUGGUCAACUAUCACGUUAUCACGAAAAAUAUAAAGCUCGUUUAACAGCAAAAAAUUUACUUGCAAUUAAACAAUUAUUAGAUGUACAAAUUAAUUUAAUCAAAACACUUUGCUCACAGGAAAAUCUACCAGCAGUGUAUGAUACUGAAAAAUGGAGUAAUCUCGUUGUUUCAUCGAAUAAAACAGAAACUUCUUCAACCUUUGAUUUAAUUGAUUAUUUAUCGGAUGCUGGAGUUUAUGUUAAUCUAUUUCAACUUAUUGAUUAUAUCAAAACAAAUGAAAUAAUUAAAAAGUUGCAUGGUUUUAUGUCAAAAUAUCCUGUAAAUAAAAAUCAACAAUCAGAAGAAAAGAAAACAAAUGAAAGUGCAUUACAAAAAUUAUUACAAAAACAAACACAAAAACAAUCCCAAUCAAAUGUUGUUGAUGAAGAACAAUUAAGUAAAGAAUCGACUGAAAAACGAAUUUCAAACUCAUUUGCUAUUUUUGCAACAUUUCUCGAAGCACUAACAAAUCCACGUGAUGAUGGAAAAAUUAUUCUCAUUAUCAAAGAAACUCUUGGACAAUGUUCAAUUAAAUAUUUUGCUCUUAAAACUUCAUCAUUUUUUCAUGAAAUGGUUAAUGAAGCACGUUCGGUUAUUGUUGCUGGCGGAACAAUGAGACCUAUAAAUGAAUUUAUCGAUCAUCUUUUUCUUGCCUGUGGUCAACCCGAAGAGAAACUCUUUCAAUUAUCAUGCAAUCAUAUCGUUCCAACAGAUAAUGUACUUGCUAUAGCACUUCCAUUAGGUCCACAAAAUAUUGAAUUUGAAUUUACUGCUGUCAAUCGUUCGAAUACGGCCAUGAUGGAUGAGUUAGGACGUGUUCUUGUAUCACUUUGUUCUACUAUACCAGAUGGUCUGGUAGUUUUCUUUUGUUCAUAUGAUCAUUUACAAAAAACUUAUGCAUAUUUUGAAAAAACAUUUGUACUAAAUAAGAUUGUAUCCAAGAAGAAGAUCUUUAUGGAACCAAAACGUUCAAGUGAUGUUGAUACUAUUCUUACGAAUUAUACAAAAUCAAUCAAAAAUGGUGCAGGUGGUAUACUUUUUUCAAUUGUUGGUGGUAAAAUGAGUGAAGGAAUAAAUUUUUCUGAUGAAUUAGCUCGAUGUGUAUGUGUUGUUGGUAUGCCUUAUCCUAAUAUAGGUUCAGCUGAAAUGAUUGAAAAAAUGCGUUAUUUGGAUUCAAUGAGAUUAAAAUCUACUACAGCAGGAGAAACUGCUGGUAGAGCUUAUUAUGAAAAUACAUGUUGGAAAGCAAUAAAUCAAAGUAUUGGACGAGCUAUUCGACAUCGUGGUGAUUAUGCUUGUCUUCUUUUAAUUGAUAAACGAUAUAGUAAAGCAAAUAUACCAUCGAAAUUACCUCAUUGGUUAGCAAAUAGUUUUCAUCAAAUGAAUAAUUUUACUGAAACAUCAAAUGCAAUUCAACAGUUUUUUGUUCGACGUUCAAAUAAGCCAACAUCAUCAUAA